AUGCAGGUGUCUCUGUGCCGGCUCCGCACCCACCAGCUCUGCUUCAUCCUCUUCAAUGUCGUCCUCUUUCAUGCUCUGCUGUUUGGCGCAGAUUUCAUGGAGGAAUAUUUCCUGCGCUCUGCCGCAUCUGCGUACACUGACGGCAAGUUUGCGGAUUUGAGAGAGCGAGCACAGACGCUGAACCUCAGCCUCCAGCGGGAGAACAUUUCCAGGUCGUACGUGAUCAGCGGCUCGGAGCGCUGCGCUGCGCGCAACCUCUUCCUGCUCCUGGUCGUCUUCAGCGCUCCUGAGAACAGGAUCAGACGGGAGAGAAUCCGCCAGACCUGGGCCAACACAACCACACUGCGAGGCCUCCGGGUCAUCCGCGUCUUCAUGCUGGGGAGGCCGCAGGUGGAGGCUGCACAGGACAACCUGCUCCAUGAGGCUCAGCUCCACCAGGACUUGGUGCAAGGACGGUUUCCAGAUCCUUCUCCUGAAGCGCUGAAAGCCGCCAUGAUGCUGGAGUGGAUCGUCAGCUUCUGCCCCAGCGCCAGGUUCAUCCUGAAGGCUGAUGACCAGGUGUUUGUCAAUGUGGAGAGUCUGAGCCGCCACCUGCUGACCCUGGAGGCCCGCGCUGCCGACAUCUAUACUGGGAGGGUCGUACACCAAGCGCGACCCGACAGAGACCCCCACAGUCAAAGCUUCGUCCCCGUGACAUCAUAUUCUGACUCCUUGUAUCCUGACUACUGCAGCGCCUCUGCCAUGGUGGUGUCCCAGCAGGUGGCGAGGAAGAUGUACCUGGUCUCUGACAGGGUGAGCCUGGCUGUGCCCGCCGAGGUCUUCAUUGGCCUCUGUGCUCAUCAGGCCGGAGUCCUCCCCGUCCACAGCUCACGCUUUUCUGGGGCCAAGCAGGUCCGCUACAAUCGCUGCUGUUACCGGGUCAUCUUCUCAUCGGCCGCGGUCGGAGACGACGACAUGUCCAAGGUGUGGACAGACCUGAGCCAAGGACAGGGCUGCUCCAAACUGCAGACCUACUAUGGCCUGGUGUCCUGCAAGGUCUGGUCGUACCUGAACAGGAUCAAGUCCUACACCUCAGGGGAUGAUGGGGGUUGGACUUUCUGACAACCAUGGAUUCAUCUUCUGGACACAGCUGAAGGAAGAUGAGAAUAAAACAGGGUCAUUAAGAGACAGCGCUCAGUCACUCCAUUACUAAUCUCUGCUCCAGUCACAUCCAGAGCUGCAGUCGCAGCAUGUCUCACACGCCAGUCACAUCCAGAGCUGUAAUCGCAGCAUGUCUCACACGCCGAUCACAUCCAGAGCUGCAGUCACAUAAUGUCACAUCCAGAGCUGCAGUCACAAUGUCACAUACUCCAGUCACAUUCAUGCAGCUGACUACUCCUGCGUUCUGUAUAGAUCUGAUGCUUGCGGUGCUGCAAAUGUGGAAUG